UUAAGCCAGCAAAAUAGUACUAAGACUUGCAAAAACAUGCCACAUUUGAGCAUUCUAGCAACAAAAUUAACUAACCUAAACCAACUCAAACAAUUGCAUGCUCACCUUGUUCAAAUUUCCCUCCACCACCAAAGUUACUAUGCUUCACUCCUCCUCACCCAUUGCACGCGCCUCAACGCGCCACCCUCCUACACCCGUCUCAUCUUCGAAUCCACACCAAACUCUAAUGUCUACCUCUUCACUUGCAUGCUUAAGUACUACUCCCAAAUGGGCGCCCACAAUGAGGUUUUGUCCCUCUUUCAAAAAAUGAUGUCUCACAAUAUAAAGCCUGAUGCUUUUGUGUACCCAGUUGUGAUCAAAUCGUUUGGUGAUAAGGGAUUUUUCUUCCAUGCCCUUGUUGUGAAGCUGGGUUAUGGUGAGGAUCGUUAUAUACGCAACGCAGUCAUGGAUUAUUACGGGAAGUACGGCCGGAUUGAGCUGUGCAGAAAAAUGUUUGAUGAAAUGUCUGAAAGGAGUGUUGCAGAUUGGAAUUCAAUGAUUUCUGCAUACUGGAAGUGGGGUUUGAAAGGUGAAGUGUGUAGGUUGUUUAGUAUAAUGAGUGAGAGGAAUGUUGUGACUUGGACGGCUAUGGUUUCUGGGUGUGCUAAGAUGAAGGAUUUGAUAAGUGCAAGGAGGUAUUUUGAUGAAAUGCCAGAGAAAAAUGUGGUUUCUUGGAAUGCAAUGCUUUCAGGGUAUGCUCAAAAUGGGUUUACAGAAGAGGCAUUGAAGUUGUUUCAUGAUAUGAUCACUUCUGAGGUUAAGCCAGAUGAAACUACAUGGGUUGCAGUCAUUUCAUCAUGCUCAUCUCGCCGUGAUCCUUACCUUGCUGACUCACUGGUGAAUAUGCUUGACCAGAGGCAGAUCCAUUUGAAUUAUUUUGUGAAGACUGCAUUGCUUGAUAUGUAUGCAAAGUGUGGGAGUCUUGAGACUGCACAAAGAAUCUUUGAUGAGUUGGGGAUGCGUAGGAACAUUGUUACUUGGAAUGCCAUGAUUUCUGCUUACAUGAGGGUAGGUGAUGUGAGUUCAGCUAGAGAGCUUUUCAAUAAGAUGCUGCAAAGGAAUGUGGUAUCAUGGAACUCAAUGAUUGCUGGAUACUCUCAAAAUGGGCAGUCUGCUAUGGCAAUUAACCUUUUUAAAGAAAUGAUUGAGACUGAAGGAGCAAAACCAGAUGAAGUGACUAUGGUGAGUGUUAUCUCCGCCUGUGGACAUCUCGGGGCUUUAGAAUUGGGUAAUUGGGCAGUUAAUUUUCUUGCCACAAACCAUAUCAACCUGAGCAUUUCAGGAUACAAUUCUUUGAUUUUCAUGUACUCAAAAUGUGGAAGCAUGAAGGAUGCUGAGAGAAUUUUUCAAGAAAUGAGUACAAGAGACGUGGUUUCUUACAACACUUUGAUAGCAGGGUUCGCAGCUCAUGGCCAUGGAAAGGAAGCCAUUGAACUAAUGUCAAAGAUGAUGCAGGAAGGUGUUGAGCUGGACCGUGUGACAUUUAUUGGUGUUUUGACAGCCUGCAGUCAUGCAGGAUUAUUAGAUGAAGGAUGGAAAGUCUUUAACUCAAUAAAAAAUCCAACUGUGGAUCACUAUGCAUGCAUGGUUGAUUUGCUAGGUCGAUUGGGGCAACUAGAUGAAGCUAAAAGAUUGAUUGAUGGCAUGCCAAUGGAGCCACAUGCGGGAGUUUAUGGCUCACUUCUGAAUGCUAGUCGAAUCCAUAAAAGAGUUGAACUCGGGGAGCUUGCUGCAAAUAACUUAUUUGACCUUGAACCAAAUAAUUCAGGAAAUUAUAUUUUGCUUUCGAAUAUAUAUGCUAUGGCAGGGAGGUGGGAAGAUGUUGAUAGAAUUAGAGAAUCAAUGAGAAAAGUGGGAGUCAAGAAGACAACUGCAUGGAGUUUGGUGGAAUAUAAAGGUAAAAUGCACAAGUUCAUAGUUGGUGAUAGAUCACAUGAAAGAUCAGAUGAUAUCUAUAGGUUAUUGGCAGAAUUGGGUAGCAAGAUGAGAAAGCUUGGGUACGAAGCUGACAAGAGCUGCGUGCUAAGAGAUGUUGAAGAGGAGGAGAAGGAAGAGAUGGUUGGAACUCAUAGUGAGAAACUGGCCAUUUGUUUUGCCCUUCUUGUUAGUGAAGUAGGGGCAGUGAUUAGGGUGGUGAAGAACCUCAGGGUGUGUUGGGAUUGCCACACUGCUAUAAAGAUGAUUUCUAAGUUGGAGGGAAGGGAGAUUAUUUUGAGAGAUAAUAACAGAUUUCACUGUUUCAGUGAUGGGGUUUGUUCUUGCAAAGACUAUUGGUAAUGGAAGAAAAAAAAAUCACCAUAAUCUUGCAACGUAUGGCCUGUGUUCUGUGAUCAACUGACCAUUAUAAACCCAUUUUCUUAUUUAUGUAAGGCUGUUGACAUAGUGGACACAGAAGGAUAAUGGAUGGUCAAGAAAAGGACCGCUUAAGCUUGAGAUUGUGAACGCAAGACUUCCAAGUGAGGAGAGCUUAAAGGCUGCUUCUGAGGCUGAACCAUAAUCUAUUUUUCAUUCUUGUCAUUCAACCUGGAUCAUUUAAUCCUUAACAUCAUUUUCCUGGACCAUAUUGAGCGUCAUCAGGCUAGCUAAUUGCAAAUUGCCAGAUGAUGCAGGAGACUGGCACUUUCAAAUUCUAUCCACUUUGAAGACCGCCAGCGAGCAAAUCAAAAGUAAGAUCGGCACACAAUCCUUAACAAUGAAAGAUAAAUGCUAUAAAGUUCACCUAACCUCCAUUUUGCCGUGUUCUAUAUUUAUUUAUUUGUUGAUAUGUAAGUGCUAAACUAUAACCAUCGGUAACUUGAUUAUUGGAGCUAUAUUAUUGCAUACUUUGG